UGACAUUGAAUUUAGUAUUUGGGAAAUUCAUUCAGUGCGAAAUCUCAGUGCAGUGACUGAACGUGCAUUUCGGGGACGGUGUACCCACUAAAAUAAGCGAAAUAUUUGUGGAAAAGUGUGCAAAUAAAAUAUAUUAAAAAUCAGUUUGCAUCGGUGAAAUGAAUUUAUCGCCCUUUAUGCGAUUGAAAAGUGAUUGCUGAACUAAUUUAAUAUCAAAAAACCCAGUGCAACUGUAACACCCGUUUAAAUACGGUCAGUUUCUUUGACAGUUAAUUUUUCUUUAAGUUGUUUAAUAGCGUCAGUUUUAUAUGAAUUUGAUAACACAUACAUAGAAACUACAACAUAGCAGACAUCACAGAUAAUUGUCCCUCCAAGAAUCCAAGAAAAUGUUUCGGCAAUUCUUAGAAUUCACCAACCGGUACAGGAUUGUGCGCGGUAUGCUUUCGUACGGAACACUAUGGCCUUGCGGUUGUCUUAUCGAACAGACUCUAAUUGAAAAACGGUCAUAUCGAAAUUACGAUUGGAUGAAGUGUCUCAAGUUCAGUUUAUUCGGCGGCCUUUUUAUGGGACCUACAAUUUAUAUGUGGAUACGCCUGGCCGGCGUCAUGUGGCCCCGCACGGACAUUAAGUCAUCACUUUGCAAAGCCAUUACCGAGCAGGCGGCCUAUGAUCCGUUUGCGAUAAGCACGUUCCUCUUUGUUAUGAGCCUUUUGGAUGGCCGCACAUACGAACAGGCCAAGCGGGAGGUGAGUGACAAAUUCUUCGAAGCAUAUCGAGUGGGCGUAAUUUAUUGGCCCUGUGUGCAAACAGUGAACUUCGCCUUAGUGCCGCCUCGGAACCAGGUUGUCUUCACGUCUUUCUUUAGCAUGUGCUGGACGACAUUUUUGACAUAUGUGAAGUAUUUGCAGGGACAAGCUAUCGAUUUUGAACAUGUCGAUAUUCACAUUCAUUUCACCCAUUAGCUCUGAAAAUAAAUUUUAAUUGUAGUUGUGAAUAUACUUAGAAUAAAAUAAAGUUGAAAUAUUUAUUAAACA